AACAAGUCUAACAAAAAGGGGAAGUCAGAUCGCAAAGUUAUAAGUUACUUUUUUAACUUUUGAAAGUGCGCUGUGGCUGGGAAAUUGCGGUUCAAAAUGACAGACAUUAGCGGAUAUAGUGUAGGAAGACACCGAGGAUGUUUUUUACUGGUGGCGACGUUGGCUCUAGCAUUUUCAACUUACGUAGAACAGGUGGUGAGCUUGCCAGCGGAUCCCGAUCAGUGGCCAACAUUUCCUAGACGGAAUAUUGCAGCUUUGGCAAGAGAUGGAUAUCUGAAAAAUUCCGUUCUCGGAAGUUAUAAGAGAAGUAUUUCUACUCUUGCUAAAAAUGGACAAUUGCCUACAUUUAGAUCACCAUUUGAUGAAACUGAUAAACAAGAUGAACAGGACGAAGAGGAAUCUCAUGCUAAAAGGAAUAUUGCCUCCAUAGCUCGCCUUCGAAGUUAUUCUGCUAUGAAGAGGAAUAUACAGGCAUUAGCUAGAGAUGGAUUUCGUGCCGGCAGAGGACAAUAUAAUCAGCAAAAUGAUAAACGGAAUCUGGCCGCAUUGGCCCGUAACGGCAUGAUACAUAAGAAAGAUGAAAUUAACGGUGAUGAAUACUAUUAUCCGUUUUAUCAAAAUCCAAUUCCACCUCUAUCAGAAGUAGAUGGCCCUUAUGAUUUCAAUGAAAUGUACGAUUAUCAACAAUCUGUUAAUCCUGAUAUGUUUCCACCGCUAUCACAAGUGUUCAAGCGUAGUGGUCCUUCAUCACAGCAGUCGAUGGAUUCGAAUCAACUGGAUAUAGACAGCAACUGGUAUUAUAAGAGAGGAAUAAUGGGUAUGCCUGUUCACGGUCUGUAUAGACCAGUAUAUACAGAACCAAAUGUUAGGAACAAAAGAUAUAUACUCUCUAUUCCAGAUGUCAUAGAACAUAACGAUUUAGAUGUACCGGAAAACGACAGUGGAAGUGAUGAUAAGCGUUCUGUUGAUGAAGAUAACGAUAUACGUGAAAAUUUUGAAAAACGUCAUAUCGGUUCGUUGGCUCGUUUAGGUUUGUUACCAUCGUUUAGGUUCUCAGGAGGGCGCUAUAGUAGAUCUGGGAGAGCUAGACUGCUGUUGCCCAGUCAAGAAUUGUACAGGAAGCAUUCCGCUGACGAGAAUUUCGGAAUUAGGCAAUAUAUCCCUAGUGCCGAAGUUGACACAGCAAUCGAUUCAGACGACUCCGACAUAUCGCCGGCGACAGUACCUGCUCACUCGCACCCGACCGGCCGGAUCUUCAACAGACCAUUAAAUAAUGACUUGCCCAUAGUCUCAGCUCCUCUCCCUUCUCCACCACUCCCACCUCCCAAUUAUCUAGACAUUUUCUCGAAAAACCGCUGGCAAUCAAACACUAAAGAGAUUCCCAAAUUUUACCACUUCAGGUCUCUGAAAAUUCCUUACCAUACAUCCGGAAAAAGGUACCUAUUGCUGCCAGCCGUAGACAAUAUUCUUUUAAGGAAAACCUACCGUAACAGUAGUCUGCCGAGCCGGCGUAAGAAUCAGUAGCUGUGCCAGUGCCCGCUAGGCGACGCCACGUUGUUUAGCUCCUGGCCCAGAUACCCUAACGAACUAUGAACGAAUUGUCUCCAUUUAAUCAAGCAUGUAAUUUUAUUUUGUACUUAAACCUUUGCAAUUGUAACGGGGAUCACGGAUUCUGGAAUAUACUAGACAAUAAUGAUAUUCGAAUUAUUAAAUCUUUUUAAUGUUACAUGAUGUGAUGGCAAUUAUAAUGAUUAUUAUAAAAAAAUAGAAUAAAUAGUAAUAAUAUAAGGGAUCUCAUUUUUGUAAAACGACUCGGCCAGCUUAUGACAGAUAUCGUAUAAAAUAAAUAUAAUAUACGUAGGUAAAAUUUUAAGAUGUCAAUCGCAAAUAUUAGUUGAAGGGAUGCGAUGUAUUUUUUAGUAGUUUAAAUAGCUAUAAGAAUAAUUCGAUAAUGUUCCUGUUCCUCAAAUCUUAUAUAUUAUCUUAUUCAAUUUGGAUAUUACUUUAAAGUUUCAUUCUUACACUUUGCUAUUAAAUAGUGGGUAAAAGUUAGGCUUCCAUUUAAAAGGGGUACCGCAGUAAUGGUACCGGAGCGAUGUGAUAUGUGAAGGAAUAUGUUUUCGAUCUACUCAAAUUCUUGAGUGUUUACUUAGAUUUACAUUUAGCUGUGUUUGACAAAUAAAUAUUUUGAAAUAUUUGUAAUUUUUGAAAUAUUAUAGAGCUUUCAAUCAAUUUAUUCAUAAUGUCUUUUAAGACGAGAACUAUAUGUAGUAUAUAUUUGCCUGUAUCUAUUUUUUGAGGCAUGGACAAUAAAUAGAUAAAAUAAGCGACCACGGUAUGAGAUAAUAAUUUACAUUCUUAUUAUACUGUAGUGUGUUUCUCUUAUGUCAAGUACUUGUAACCUACAUACUGCUAAC